AUGUACCGAGCCCAUCCUGGUACCGUGGGAGGCACCGAGCCCAUCCUGGCACCGGGGGAGGCCCAGAGCCCAUCCUGGUACCGGGGGAUGCACCGAGCCUAUCCUGGGGCUGAGGCCGAGCGGAGUCGGGACAGGGACGAGGCGUCGCCUCCGCAGGUGCUUUUGGGGGUCCCGCCCUUGGCACGACCAGGGAACAGCGGGGACCCCCCCUCGGUCCUGCGUGUGCUGCAGGUGCGGGACAAGGGGUCCCCCGAGCCCCCCGUGGACCCCUCGGGCAGGGGCAGCAGCAGCCCGGGCCCGAGCAGCGGCAGGCGGCGGCGGAGCAUCGCGGGGCUCCGGGAGAACCGGCGGCGGCGGCGGCGGCGAGGGGCGGCGGGAAGAAAGUUGGAGACUUGCGGGGCCGGGCGGUGCCUCGGCGGCCCCGCCAAUCCCGACCGGCGGGGGGGGGAGGGCACCGGGGGUGGGGGCGGCUCCGGGGGCGCCGGGACCCCGCGCACCGGGGAGAGCGACGGGGGGAGACCUCGAGGUGCCCACGACCCCCCCCCCCGCCACCGCAUCUCGGGGUGUCCCUGGUGUGCCCCCCCCGCCGCCUCCUUCAGCAUCCCGGGGUGUCGCCGGUGCCGCCCCCUCCCCUCGCUGUCUCCAUCAGCCCGAGGGGUCUCCGGCCCUGCCCUCCCCAACUUCCCCCCUGCACCCCCAGCUGUGCCCCCCCCUCUUCUCCAUCACCUCGGGGUGCCCCCGGUUCCUGCCCCCCGCCUACCCCCUUUCCCGGAGCCCCCCGGGACACCCCGCUCCUGCCCCUCUCUCCCGGUGACCCUGAAUCCUCCGGACCCCCUCGCGCCCCCCAAUCCAGCACCCUGGGGUGCGCCCCCCACCCCCUCCUGCUCCAUCUUCCCGCUCCCCCAGAAGCUCCCGGACUUGUCCCGCUCUCCCCCCCCGUCCCCCCCGUGCUGCGACCCCCGCCCCAUCUCCCGGAGACUCCGCUGGGGGCACCGGGGGGACACCGGCGGUGCUGCCCCUCCUGCUUGA